UAUACAUUAGUAUAAACUAUAUGAAAAUAUGUCCAUAAAAUCAGCAUGAACUGAAUAAAAAUAUGCCCAUAAAAUCAACACAUAUCAAAGUAUAAAUGAACUUUAGACUUAUUUAGAUUUACUAAAUAAUCAAAAUAUCAAACAGACCAAUCAAAUAGUAGUUCGACUAUAUAUAAGAAAGAUUAUACAGUUCUGUAAAUAUUUCGACAGAUAUUAUGAAAAGAUAAUUAUAUACUUUUAUUUCGUAUAAUUUAUCGAUCUAUUUGUUAGUUAACAACAAUGGCACGAGCACUUGUAGGUGUAAAAAGAGUUAUCGAUUAUGCAGUUAAGAUUCGUGUUAAAUCAGAUAAAACAGGUGUUGUAACAGAUGGAGUAAAACAUUCAAUGAAUCCUUUUGAUGAAAUUGCAAUUGAAGAAGCUAUACGAAUGAAAGAAAAAAAAUUAGUACAAGAAAUAAUUGCAGUUUCAUGUGGACCUCCACAAUGUCAAGAUGUGAUAAGAACUGCACUUGCAAUGGGUGCUGAUAAAGGAAUUCAUGUUGAAAUAUCUGGAUCUGAAUAUGAAACAUUGCAACCUAUUCAUGUUUCUAAACUUUUGGCCAAAUUGGCUCAAGAAGAGAAAGCAGAUUUAAUUAUUGUUGGAAAACAAGCUAUAGAUGAUGAUAGUAAUCAAACUGCACAAAUGAUUGGAGGUAUCUUAGAUUGGCCAACUGGAACAUUUUGUAGUAAAAUUGAAAAAAAUAAUGAUGACCUAACUGUUACACGUGAAGUUGAUGGAGGUUUAGAAGUCGUUAAAAUAAAAAUGCCAACAGUUUUAAGUGCUGAUCUACGACUUAAUGAACCACGAUAUGCUACAUUGCCAAAUAUUAUGAAAGCUAAGAAAAAACCAAUUAAAAAAAUAACAGCAAAAGAUCUUGGUGUAGAUACUACAGCAAGAAUUGAAAUUUUAUCAGUUGAAGAACCACCAGUUAGGCAAGCUGGAACUAUUGUACCAAAUGUUGAUACAUUAAUUGCAAAAUUAAAGGAAAGUGGACAUAUAUAAUUAUCAAUACUGUUAUAAAAAAGUAUAAACAUUUUAUAUCUUAUAUUUGUUAUAUUUUUUAUUAAAUUUUGUUUUAUAUAAAAAAUUUUUUAAACAUUAUGAGGUAUACUAUAUAUUAUACUUUGAUAAAUUUUUUUCUAUAGUAAAUAAAAUAGUAGAAUUCCUUCAUGACAUAACUGAUAUUUGUAAUGAAAUAACAUUUUAUAUAUUUCUUUGGUAAAUAACAUUUUCCUACAUUGAUUUUGUACUUCUAUAUCUCCACACAUUAUUUAUGCCAACUAUUAUUUCAUAGGUUUAUACAAUGUAUGAAAAGAUUUUGUUAUUUACUGAUUUUCGUAAUUUCCAUUUAAAUAGAUUCUUUGUAACAAUGAACUAAAUUAUUAAACAUAAAAAUAAUAUAUUUUAAAUCUAAA